CUGUUUACCAAAUCAGCGGAAUAACUUCAAGACAAAAUGGCGGCGGUGCGAAAGAAAUAGUUUUGAUACCCGUUCUAAAGAUUGUUGAUGUUGACAAAAGAAGAAACAGUUGGUAAUGGCUUGUUGUCUCAGUCUGUUCUCGUGUAUUCAAGAUGUUAAUCGAGUGGUGGAACUUCUCUCUGAGUCUGCUUCUGAAAACGUAAAGGGACUGAAUGAAACGGAGGAAGAAAGUUCGACUGUGGAAGCUGGCUGGGAUGUUGAUCCAGAGCAGUGGGGAUGGUCGGAAGAUGCAAAUGAACCUGAGAGUAAGACAAAUUUGAAUUCCUCAUGGCUGCAGGACUGCUGUAUUUCACUAUCACCAUCUAAUGACACAUUGGUGAUUGCUAAAAAUGACAAAGCUGUGUUUCUUGCAAGUAAAUGGGAUAAAAGUGCUGAUGAUCCCAAAAACAAGUAUGAAGUCAUGUGGAGUGGUAGCCUUGCAGUAGAAGAUGGAGAAUGUGUGAAUGAUAUCCUUUGCAUACCUCUUGCAUCUCAACAUAAAAGUUCUCAGGGUUGUCCUGACUGGACCUGCAUCAUUGCUGGAAUGACAUCUGGCUACAUGCGGAUAUACUUGCAAAAUGGCUCUCUCAUGUUCUCCCAACUUCUUCAUGAGGAUUAUGUUGUGAGGCUCAAAUGCCGCACAUGGCAGCCAUACAGAAGCUUUGGCAAGGUGGAGCAGGUGGAGGAGCUUGCUAUCUUGUACCCAUCAGCAUUGGUGAUAAUUGAUGGGUUUAGUUUGUUCCAGUCUCUCCGUGCUUGCAGGAAUCAACUGGCUAAAGCACAAGCCAGUGGUAUGCAGGACCUCAUUCAGCCGCCUCCACUUGCUUACAAAAAGUGGAGAUUUGAUGGCCAAAAGCAUAUCACUGAUAUCGCUAGUUGUGGUGUAGUGACGCAGAACAUGUUUGACCAACUACAGACAGCAUCAUUCAUAGGUGGAUACAAUGCUGUUAUCAGGACAUCUGCUCCAGCUAUGUCCCACUAUGUUGCGUCUGGUGCCGACCCAUUCCUUGCAGUCUAUUGUGCCAUUGAGGGCAGUGGUCCCCCAUUAAUAUCUGACGUUGCCAUGGCAGUUGCCAGUAAGCUCACCUCGGCUGUACUCUCAAGGUUAUCUGCUGCAAGUGGCUGGCUUGGAUGGGGAAGUAAGCCUGCUGCUCAGCCUGCAGAGCAAACUAAACUACCAAAGCCUAAAGUAGAGAAGGGAGCCAAGCUAGCUGCCAGAUUCGGGCUGCCUGAUUUUCCUCGCCGUGGCACUAACAUCACCUUGGCGCCAAAUGGCAAGGUUGCCGUGACAACAGAUGAGUUCGGUCGCGUCAUGUUGCUAGAUGUGAAGAAGGGAAUAGCUAUCCGCAUGUGGAAAGGGUAUCGCGAGGCCGAAUGUGGCUGGAUCAUGGUGGAUGAGGACGAUUUCACAUCACAUGAACCCAGUACCAAUGAGCAGCACAGGACGGCACUGUUCCUUGUGAUCUACGCAGCUAAGAGAGGGAUUCUAGAGAUUUGGAGGGCAGAACAAGGCCCCAGGGUAGCUGCUUUCAACAUCGGAAAAGACUGCAGGCUACUGUACGCAGGGCAUGGAAUCAUGGGACUUGGCCACGUGAUUCGUCAGGGAUUGGCGCCCCCACAGCACACCCUAAACUGUACGCUGAUCCAAGGUGACGGCAGGCUCAAGGUUAUCUCGGUCCCAUUCCACUACGCGCUCAGUGACAAGCACAGUCGAAGAGUGCGUGACCUUCAUCUGCUCAAGAAGCUGACGGUUAUAAUGGACAGCAUCAAGUCUACUGACGGUGACGUGAACCAAGUUAUGGAGCAGCUUGAGGUCCCGCUCCUCGACAUUUUCGUGGACAUGCGCACUCCGCAGCUCCUCCGUCAAGGCUUGCAGUGCCUGCUGGGAACAGUUGGCUGCCCAUGCUCCCUCAUGCUCAAAGCUGUUGACUCUGUUAGCCAAGCUGUCGAUAACAACGGCCUAAAGUCAGCAGAAGAGGAAGAAGUCGGGCCAGACGAGACUGAGAAUUUACGCAGGUUUUGUCUAGUGCAGAAAAGACUGCUACAAACACACGCCUCCAUACGGGCUCUUGUAGAUCUAGAGAACGCGGAGAAACCAGUCGUCGGCAAGAACAAAGAGCUUGCUCUUGCGCAGCUUCUUGGAAUCACCAAAUCCGAGACCAUGGAGAUCCUGGAACUGCUCAACGUCUAUUGGCGUAAUAUACCACAAACCACCGCAGGCUCAGCAGGCAGUACCCUCAGCGUGACCACAUUCCUUAGCUGCUUUGAGCCCGCUGCUGACAAGAGCAGCAAACCUGACAGCGAUGUGCCUGGGCCGAGUGGCUCAGAGACUUCUGGUAGUCAAGGUGUGAUCGUGCGCAAAGGGAUUUCCGCUGACAUGAGCCUACAUUUAGCGAGGUUUUUGUUUGAGGGUUUCCUGUUAGGCGCAUGCUCGCCUGAGUCACUAAACUUACCGCUGGACUCAUCAAGAAUACAGCCUGCUCACUUAAUGGACCUGUUGGUCUGCCUGUGGCUGGACAGUCCUGAUCAUCGCCUGGACACUGUGGACACACUCUUCUCUUUGCACUCAAUCGUCUCAAUCAUCAGCUCGAUUACUGGUGGUGUGUUCUGCGAGGAGAUCAAGGCUGUGGAUAAUUCGGUCUCACCCUGGUGGCAGCGAGUGCGUAGCACGCUUCAGCAGUCUGUAUCUGUGGCUAGAGCCCUGGCCCUCGCGGCCGUGUGUAGGAGUGUGAGCCUGGGGAUGAACACUGCUGCAAUUAAAGUCCAGGGCGCCGAGGUAGAGAAAGAAAGCUCUGAUCUUGCCGCGGCAGACUGGGUAUCAAUCUCCGUAGAAAUGGAAUGCUGGAACCUUCUUUUGUGCCAGCUUAGCGACCUGGUCAUGUUAAAAACAUACCUGGCUCGGUUACCAAACAUUGUGGGACAAGAACCAACGAGUCAUUUAGUCAGCAAUGACCUGUCAGUACAAGGUCUACUGAAUGGUGGUCACGGUGGAGCGUCACGCAUUCUUGCACGAACCCUGGUGUGGUAUGGUGUCUCACCGCAACUCCUCGGUCACCAAAAAAGAAUGGGACCUAGUUCGAUAGAGACCCAAGAGGGGGAGGAAGGGGAAGAAGAGGUUGAAGAGGAUGAUCGGCCUGAAGAGGAAGUUGAAGUGGAGGAGCAAGGGAUGGAAGAGUUAGAAGGACUUAGAGACAUACGCGCACGAUUCCCGCAUAGUUUACACCAAGACAUACUGUGGGCUUCCUGUGUUCAAGAGUGCGCCCUGCAGUGGUCAGCGGAUAAAGAGCAAACUGACAAGUUGGUGUCCGCACUGGAUCAUCUCCGACAUAUCCACUGUAUUGGUUUACAGCAUGGGCUGGCAUUUCUACUUUGGAAAACGUACUUCAAAGAUAAAAUAUCCUCAGUUGUUGUUCUUAUGGAAAAGGUCGGCAAAGCACCGAAGGACAGGUUAUGCCGGAAGACCGUUGAGAUGAGUUGCGAGGCCCUGGAGCAGUUCCUCUUGGUCGUCAAGCAACUGCUGGAGCUUCUCGCGCAGAUCGACAUGUCAGAGGCAGAAGUUCUUGUUCUUAAAAUGGAAGACUUCUGGACGAGAAAUUCAAGUGCGCCCCUUUCGAUGCUUGAGGAGGCACUGGAUCAGCCCACCAGUUACGUCCCUCUGGUGAGGCUCCAUAUUACGCUGGUGUCCGUGAUGUGGCUCAUCAUGGGGCUGGAGUUGAAGAGCGUGCGACCACUGACACUUUUUGAUUCGACGACAAAAGGAGCAUUCCUGAAAGAUCUCAGUUCGAAUCCUCCUAUUCCAAGUGGAGCAACAGAUGAAACCAUUUUGCAGUCCAGAAAAAAGUUCCUUUGUAAAGCAAUGUCAAUGCUGACAUCUGCACAAGCAUCAAAGCAGAUGACUGGCACAAGUCCCGCCCACCCCGAAAGCACUGAUUGGUUAAAAGUGGUGCUUGCACUUGCCGACCAAUUGGAAGUUGAUGCAGAUCCCUUAAGAUGCCAUUAUGUGCAGGAACUAUAUUCGACAGGACUGGACUCGGCUGGAAAAGAGGUUUUAAUGUCUGUCAACGACAAACAAGGCCUGGCCGGUAAGCUGUUAGUGAUUGUGGGUCAGCGGCUUGCUCACACACUAGAUUCCAGCGAGUCUACGACAAGUGUCACGCAACUGUCACGCCUUCCCACUCACAUAAGCCGAUGGAUAAAGCAACAGAGCCCCAUAAAACUUGCCUGUCGUGAUGUCCCAAUCCAGCGCACCGCUGAGUUACUGAGUACGAUUCUCCCUCUUCUACCAAGCGGCUCUAACAACUGCACUUUAGCCACCGAGCUCUCUGAGGCGACGCAGUCCCUCUACAGAUAGGUGGCGAGGUCUGUCAGGCAACACAGUCCCUCUACAGAUAGGUGACGAGGUCUCUCAGGCAACACAGUCCCUCUACAGACUGGUGACGAGGUCUCUCAGGCAACAGAGUCCCUCUACAGAUAGGUGACGAGGUCUCUCAGGCAACACAGUCCCUCUACAGACAGGUGACGAGGUCUCUCAGGCAACAGAGUCCCUCUACAGACAGGUGACGAGGUCUCUCGGGCAAAACAGUCCCUCUACAGAUAGGUGACGAGGUUAAGGCAACACAGUCCCUCUACAGAUAGGUGACGAGGUCUCUCAGGCAACAGAGUCCCUCUACAGAUAGGUGGCGAGGUCUCUCAGGCAACAGAGUCCCUCUACAGACAGGUGACGAGGUUAAGGCAACACAGUCCCUCUACAGAUAGGUGACGAGGUCUCUCAGGCAACAGAGUCCCUCUACAGACAGGUGACGAGGUCUCUCAGGCAACACAGUCCCUCUAUAGAUAGGUGACGAGGUCUCUCAGGCAACAGAGUCCUACUACAGACAGGUGACGAGGUCUCUCAGGCAACACAGUCCCUCUACAGACAGGUGACGAGGUUAAGGCAACACAGUCCCUCUACAGAUAGGUGACGAGGUCUCUCAGGCAACAGAGUCCCUCUACAGAUAGGUGGCGAGGUCUCUCAGGCAACAGAGUCCCUCUACAGACAGGUGACGAGGUUAAGGCAACACAGUCCCUCUACAGAUAGGUGACGAGGUCUCUCAGGCAACAGAGUCCCUCUACAGACAGGUGACGAGGUCUCUCAGGCAACACAGUCCCUCUAUAGAUAGGUGACGAGGUCUCUCAGGCAACAGAGUCCUACUACAGACAGGUGACGAGGUCUCUCAGGCAACACAGUCCCUCUAUAGAUAGGUGACGAGGUCUCUCAGGCAACAGAGUCCCUCUACAGACAGGUGACGAGGUCUCUCAGGCAACACAGUCCCUCUACAGAUAGGUGGCGAGGUCUCUCAGGCAACACAGUCCCUCUACAGACAGGUGACGAGGUUAAGGCAACACAGUCCCUCUACAGAUAGGUGACGAGGUCUCUCAGGCAACACAGUCCCUCUACAGAUAGGUGACGAGGUCUCUCAGGCAACAGAGUCCCUCUACAGACAGGUGACGAGGUCUCUCAGGCAACACAGUCCCUCUACAGACAGGUGACGAGGUCUCUCAGGCAACAGAGUCCCUCUACAGAUAGGUGACGAGGUCUCUCAGGCAACAGAGUCCCUCUACAGACAGGUGACGAGGUCUCUCAGGCAACACAGUCCCUCUACAGAUAGGUGACGAGGUCUCUCAGGCAACAGAGUCCCUCUACAGAUAGGUGACGAGGUCUCUCAGGCAACACAGUCCCUCUACAGAUAGGUGACGAGGUUAAGGCAACACAGUCCCUCUACAGACUUUAUUAGUAUUAUUUAGUUAUACAUUAUACACUGACUGCUGGGUGGUGCAUCUCGACUUAUAUUAUAAUACACCAAAAACUGGAAAUCGACUCUGCCAAAUUUUCGUCUUUAAUAAGACUUCUUCAGGGCAGACUCAUAUUAUUGUUGACUUAUAUUAUGAUAUAUAAAUUUACAUAUAAGAACAUCUUCCCAAAAAUUAUCCAAAAGUAAAGAACGGCCCAGUUUCAACUAAAAAUAAGACGUUCUUAUAAAAAAGAUUGCAUACUUGCGAAUGGAGUAUUGCAAAGUGUUACUGUGACUUUACAAAAACAAUCGCGCGGAUUUUUAAUUUUUUUAAAGUGAAAUUAUGACCUUGUCUUAACUUAACGUAUGGAUCGAGCUGAGACCGAUCUCACAAAAAUACACGCCAAAUGAAUUACAUUGUUUUGAAUGGUUUUGCUUCAAACUGCAAUACUAAGCAAUGUCAUUGCCAUUUAUUUGUUUAUUUUAUUCAUCUAGUUGUUUCUUCUUAUGAUGGUGGUUAGGGAUUGUUUGCCGCCACCACUUGAUUAUUGGAAUGUGGGAAUGAUGACAUUUCAGGACAAUGUACUUGAGCGCCUAAAAGAGCGGAGUAAGGCAAGCAGGCGUGUGAUUAAUCAUCAACGCAUCAAACAACGUCUAUCAACCACUUCUUUGUUUAUUAAUUACAUUUGAAAGUACAACGGUUUAUUUACAAGAAAACUUUACUUAAAAAUCCACUUAUAAUGUCUGGUAAGUUAUUGAAGAUACAUAAUUUAAACUAUAUAGAUUAUUCGCUUUAAUUAGCGGAUGGAAAUGCUUAAAUGUCCUGAAUUGUGUUGGUGUUCCACAUUUUGACGUCUGUCAUAUUCUAUUGAAAACUAUAUCGGGUAUUAACAAUUUACAAACAAAAUUAAUUUUGCAUUAGAAAGAAGACAUCGUCAAAAGAAAGAUGCUGUAUGGGGAACGUCUAUUAUUACUGGCGUGGUAUAUUAUUGGCUUGUAACGUAUUACCUAAUUAUCAUUCUAUCAUAAUUCUAUGGCAUAGAGCAUCACAUGAUUACUGAUAUUGGAUUGUUUAUUUAUAUAAACAAAAUCGCUUGGCGGGAAAUGGGGUGGAAUUUGCCAGCACUUUGUAGAAAAAAACAAUAGUUUAACAUUUGCAAAUCAAUAAUAAAUGGUCGGCGAGAUCCUCUAUAAAAA